AUGCUUCGAGUCUAUCAUCUUCUCUGGUUAACCACUGCCAACAGCGCCGAGCAAGCAGAGCGUUUCGAAAAACUCAUCAUUUCCAACAACCACUUUGUUGGCGGUGCCGUCAGCCCACGCGACAACGAUCUCAAGAUCACGCCAGACAAGGACAAUCUCGUCUUUGAAGGCUUCCAGUUCUCCAACAUGGGAGGCGUGGUCUCAGACUUGACGGCACUGGAGGGAUCGUACAACGACACCGACGACCAAAAUUUUGCCAUUGUGAAGACAGACCAACUAGGAAUUCAGUUCUCGUACGACUGGGACAAUUUCGGUCUUCGGCUGACUGAGUCUGGCAGCGUCAGGAUUAAAAGCAUUCAACUCGUCUUUAGCAACUUCUAUCUCGGCAUUGCAUGGCGCGCCUUGAACGAGGGCGCAGCGCACACCAACAAGUCGACGCGACACCAGAACAAGGAGAAAGCUCAAGAGGAGUUCUAUAUCCUGUCAACGUACGGCAACUUCCUGGCGCAUCUCCGUGCCGCAACUACACUGGCUGAUCAUGCUGACCUGGUGGAUGCUGUCUACAAGAACUUGGGUGACGCCACCACCAGAGCCAAGGUCACGGCCCAGGCACGAGGCGGGCUUGCUGAGUGGGUUGCCAGUGUCAAGGUAGUGACCACCGACACCGGCUUGCGAGUGACGUCGGGCGUGUUCGAAGUGACGGGCGCAAAGGCAGCGGCGACCAAGGUAGGCCUCGAUCGUUUCUGGCGAGACAUCCGCACCCAUAGCCUUCAUGAUCCUGUGGCGUACAAGAAUCGGGAGCUGGGACGUUAUCACCUGGUUGGGGAAAAUCCCUACGCCGACGUGGUAUACUUAAAGGCCUAG